AGACACACUUUCAACGUGCGUGUCACAACGCAAUCGAACGGGAACAUCUGACAGCGAGGCAAAGUACAGAGCACUGUCUCGUUGAAAUUUGGGACUUGAGCACCAAGUCUGGAGGACAUUUGAACAUGCGCAACUGUGUCGGCAGUGACGAUUGCGACUGUGCACAUCAAAGACGUUACUGUUGAGUCAAUUGGUUCUGGUUUUAAGAGAUAAAUAAAAAAUGUUUCGUUUUCCUCGCCGAUUGUCCUAUUCAGCCCUGAUUGCUGGUGUCAUCGUUGGGUUCUUCUUCUACUGGGUCAUCGAUAUUCAGCCGUUUCAUCUGUAUUUUGUUAGCGAAGCAGAGUUCAUGGACACUUACACCUUUUCCGAUGGCUUCAACAACGAGACUGGCGUCGAUCGCUUCAUCGUGCCCAACAUCAUUCACUUUAUCCGCUUCAAGAGUUUCGAGCUCAAAUUCAUGGACUAUGUGGUAAUCAUGGCCGCGAUGCGCAAUCACAGACCCGAUAAAUUCUAUUUCCACACGGAUGUCAAAGACGCUAAAUGCGAAGGAAAGUAUUGGGAAUGGGUGAAAAAGGAUCGAGAAUUGUGGUCUCGAAUCGAAGUCAAGUACCUGGAAGUGCCAACGGAAAUCUUCGGACAGCAACUGAGCGACGGUUGGAGGUUAUGGCACGGCAGUGACAUCUCACGGUUACGUAUGAUCAAAAAGUACGGAGGCAUCUAUUUGGAUAAUGACUGUUUCGUCCUCAAAUCACUGGACAAGUACCGUAAAUUCGAAUGUUCCAUCAACUGGGACGAAAAUCAAAGUCUUGGCAAUCAAGUCAUCAUUGCCAAUAAGAACGCUCGCAUUCUGCCUCUAUGGCUAGACACUUAUAAGGAGUAUCAUUCGGACUUGUGGUAUUACAACGGCGGAGAGCGACCCACAGUCGAGAUUUUGCAUCGCCGUCCAGAAUUCAUUCACCGAGUGAAGGGAGAUUUCGGAGCCGACGAUGGCAUAUCGCCUAAUCUCUAUUUGAAUAAAGAUUUCGAAUGGCGCCAUUUAGAUAUCAUUCAUUUGCUCAUAGGGCAACGCAUUUUCUGGGAUCCCAAUUACAACGCAACGCCCGUUUUCGAUGAAAACAACAUUCGCACUUAUCCGUAUCCGAUCGGAGAAAUGGUUCGCGAACUUCUCGAUAUGCCUCAGCCCCCGAAAAUCAUUUCCUGAUGUGUAAACAAAGAUUCUAAAUUCGAUGUCGACACAUUUUUCCAUUCGGAAAUACAGAGUCUUUUUUAAUCCUUCAAA